UCUCUCCUAUUUGCCCAAUACCACCCAGCCCACAUGAUGUUUAACUGUCCAGUCCAAAUCUUCAAAACCCACUCCAAGAGGAAAGGCUUCAGCUGGUGGUGAUGAUGCCUCCAAUCCAAUGCGCCUUUGGAUAAAGCUCAAAACCCCCCAGACAAGCAGAAACAUUUUGAAAAAACCCUACUUUCGGUUGAAAACCCUCCAUGGCAUGCUUUGAGAUUCUGUAGAACAUACCAAUUCAAAAUGAACCUUGCAGUCCCUCACAAACAGAAUCCACUUCUCUGCCCUUCAACAAUAAUAGUUCAAACCAGUCAACGUCCUGUUUUGUUACAGUUUCCGCCAAGAAGCAAAAGCAGAAUUUCCCAGCAAACAUCCAUUUUUCGAAUCUAUUCCUCUGCAAAUCCAAAUGGGUCUGAUGGGUUGUCUUGGCCUAGUUUGACUCGGGCGUUUCGGCUGGGCUCUGAGCGGUUUUUGCUCAAACUCCGCGAGUCAGUGAAGAGGGAAACUGGGUUUCAUUUGGAAGGGGUCAAUGUGAAGAUGGGUGAAUUUGCGGAGCUUGUUAAGGAUCAAGCCAAGAAGGGUGAGGCUGAGUUGAAUCGCUUUAGGGCGGAAUUGUUGCCAGAGUUUCUCAAAUGGAACAGUUAUUCUUGUCCUCAGGACCUAAAGAAUUGGGAGCCUAAACGAGUUGGUGUAUUGGUUCUCUAUGUUUUUGUUAUGAUGUUUUCUUGUCAAAGAAUGUAUAUUGCUAUUCGAGCUCCUUACCUGGAUAGAGAAAGAAGAGAAUUGACAGAGGCUUAUAUGGAGGCAUUGAUUCCUGAGCCAUCUCCUAUUAAUAUUAGAAGGUUUAAGAAGAGUAUGUGGAGGAAUUUAAUGCCUAAAGGCUUGAAAAUGAAGAAGUUUGUUGAAGGGCCUGAUGGAACACUGGUUUGCGAUUCUGCCUAUGUUGGAGAAGAUGCAUGGGAUGAUGACCCAUUGCCCCCUCAGGAGAGCGUGAAACAGGUUAUUGACAAGGAUGUGAGAUUAAAUCCAGAAGAAAAGAAAGAAUUGAAAGAAGAUUUGGGCAUCUCAGAUGCAAUUCAAGAAAGUAAAGGAACUUGGCGUGAAAGGCUUCAUGCGUGGAAAGGAAUACUAAGAAAUGAUAAGUUAGCUGAGGAAUUAGAUGCAUCAAAUGCCAAAUAUGUCGUUGAAUUUAACAUGAAAGAGGUUGAAAAUAGUCUUCGUAAGGAUGUGGUGGACAAGGUCACAGACACACAGGGAGCUAGGGCCUUAUGGAUAUCUAAGAGAUGGUGGCGUUAUCGUCCCAAACUUCCAUAUACUUAUUUUCUUGAAAAGCUUGAUUGCUCAGAGGUUGCUGCUGUUGUCUUUACGGAGGAUCUGAAAAGGCUAUAUGUGACGAUGAAAGAAGGUUUUCCACUAGAAUAUGUUGUUGAUAUUCCCCUUGAUCCAUACUUAUUUGAGAUAAUCUCAAGUUCUGGAGUUGAAGUAGAUCUCCUUCAAAAGCAGCAAAUCCAUUACAUUUUGAAAGUUGUGAUUGCAUUGUUGCCUGGAUUACUGAUACUGUGGCUUAUAAGGGAGUCUGUUAUGUUAUUACACGCCACUUCUAAUUCUUUUCUUUACAAAAAGUACAAUCAACUUUUUGAUAUGGUAUAUGCAGAAAAUCUUAUCGUGCCAGUUGGAGAUGGUGGUGAAACAAAAUCAAUGUAUAAGGAAGUGGUACUUGGAGGUGAUGUCUGGGAUCUUCUUGAUGAAAUAAUGAUUUAUAUGGGCAAUCCCAUGCAAUACUAUGAAAAAGGGGUGAAGUUUGUCCGGGGUGUUCUUCUCUCGGGACCCCCUGGAACAGGGAAGACACUCUUUGCUCGGACACUUGCGAAGGAAAGUGGAUUGCCUUUUGUUUUUGCCUCUGGUGCAGAGUUCACAGAUAGUGAAAAAAGCGGUGCAGCAAGGAUCAAUGAGAUGUUCUCCAUUGCUAGAAGAAAUGCUCCUUGUUUUGUCUUUGUGGAUGAGGUUGAUGCUAUUGCUGGAAGGCAUGCAAGGAAGGACCCACGAAGAAGGGCAACAUUUGAAGCUUUGAUUGCACAGCUUGAUGGGGAGAAGGAGAAAACGGGUGUAGAUCGGUUUUCACUUAGACAAGCUGUGAUAUUCAUUUGUGCCACCAAUAGACCAGAUGAAUUGGACUUGGAAUUUGUUCGUCUUGGACGCAUCGAUCGUCGAUUGUACAUUGGCUUGCCUGACGCAAAGCAGAGAGUGCAAAUUUUUAGUGUGCAUAGUGCAGGAAAGCAACUUGCCAAUGAUGUAGACUUUGGAAAGCUUGUCUUUCGUACUGUUGGCUUCUCUGGAGCAGAUAUUCGGAAUCUUGUCAAUGAAGCUGCAAUCAUGUCUGUAAGGAAAGGGCAUUCCAGAAUCUACCAGGAAGACAUUGUUGAUGUUUUAGAUAAACAAUUGCUUGAGGGCAUGGGUGUACUUCUUACAGAGGAAGAACAGCAGAAAUGUGAAGAAAGUGUGUCAUUCGAAAAGAAGAGACUUUUGGCUGUACAUGAAGCUGGUCACAUAUUAUUGGCUCACUUGUUUCCACAAUUUGAUUGGCAUGCAUUUUCUCAGCUCUUGCCUGGUGGCAAGGAAACUGCAAUAUCUGUUUUCUAUCCAAGAGAAGAUAUGAUAGACCAAGGCUAUACAACCUUUGGCUACAUGAAGAUGCAAUUGGUGGUAGCUCACGGUGGACGUUGUGCUGAACAGCUUGUAUUUGGUGAUGACAUUACCGAUGGAGGUGGUGACGAUCUUGAAAAGAUAACAAAGAUUGCUAGAGAGAUGGUUAUCAGCCCUCAAAAUGCAAGGUUGGGCCUGACUGCUCUAACAAAAAGAGUUGGACUCAUGGAUCGACCAGAUAACCCAGAAGGCGGGUUGAUAAAGUUUAAGUGGGAUGAUCCUUACGUGAUUCCUGCAAACAUGACACUUGAAGUAUCCGAGCUAUUUACUCGAGAGUUGACAAGGUAUAUCAAAGAGACAGAAGAACUUGCAAUGAAAGGACUGAGCGACAACAUACACAUACUGGAUGUGAUUACGAAGGCGCUGUUGGAGAAAUCAAGAAUAACUGGAUUGGAAGUUGAGGAGAUAAUGAAGGAGCUUUCUCCAUUGAUGUUUGAAGAUUUUGUGAAGCCUUUCCAGAUAAACUUGAAAGAGGAGGGUCCAUUGCCUCACAAUGACAAGUUGCGAUAUCAACCAUUGGAUGUAUCUCCGGCCCCACUCCAUCGAUCUUGAGAAAUUUGUGACGACAAUCUUUGGAUAUGUGUACAGCACCAGACCACCAAUGCUGAAUGUUCCAUAAUCAUAGUUCUCGGCAUGCAAAUUUUGUACCAAGAUUUCAGGAAAGAUGUCCAGACUCUGCAACAUUGAAAGCUAUGCAACAGUCUUCUAGACAGAGUCCAUUGAAGGGUAAGGCAUGAACCAUGAGCUUGCCUUCCGAACAAUGAUUUCCAAGCAAGAAAGUUCAUAACCAGGCUACAGAGUUUGUUAUAAGGCGACAGUGCUUCAGUGGGGUUUGCUUCGAGUACUUAAACCAUGGCUUUGAGUCCUGAAUGCAAACCAAGAACAUUCUUGUUGCUAUUUUUGUCUGAAUGAUGCCAAUUUUGUUCUUUGUUGAUUAAUGUUGCUGCAAUAUUAUAAUGUUCUCGAAUUCUUUUACUGUCUAUUGUUGCAUGAAUCUAUAAAACCAAAUCUGUACAACAGUUUCAUGUGUUGAAAUGCAAGGGAUGUUAGAAGAAUGACACUUCAUCAAGUUGUAUGAUCAGAGAUAAUUUAAGACAUCAAUUAUUUGAUUUCUUCAA